AUGUUAUCGAAGCGAUCAGCGAUCCAGGCUCUGCGCCAGCUCAGCUCUUCUCGAGUUGCUCUUGAAGGAUCCAAGAAGAAGGCAAAGUCCAAGGCUCACGAGUACAUACCCGAAAAUGUCGAGUACGGUUCCUUAUCAAAAGCACAAAAGGCCUUCUUGGACCGUGUUGUCCGUGUGGAUCAAGCAGGCGAGCUUGGGGCCAAUUACAUCUACAUGGGCCAAUAUGCUGUGCUCUCAACGAAGUUCCCACAUUUGAAACCUGUCUUGCAACACAUGUGGGACCAAGAGAUACACCACCACGACACAUUCAACAAGCUCCAGCAUGAACGUCGUGUGAGACCGUCUCUUUUGACUCCUCUCUGGAAGAUUGGUGCUAUUGGUAUCGGUGCCGGCACUGCACUCAUAAGUAAAGAGGCUGCCAUGGCAUGCACUGUAGCCGUGGAAACGGUGAUCGGUGGUCACUACAACCAGCAGCUACGGGUACUCAUGAAUCAGUUCAACAUACCUAUCUACGAUAAAGAAACCAAAAGAAUGCUUACACCUGAGGAAAUUACCAAGGAGAUCGAAACGUCACCCGAAUUAGCCGAUUUGAAGAGCACUAUCAGCACAUUUAGAGAUGAUGAGUUGGAACACCUAGACACGGCCGUGGAGCACGACGCUGACAAGGCUGUUCCCUACAUGUUGCUCACAGAGACCAUCAAAUUGAUUUGCAGAGGUGCCAUCUGGACUGCAGAAAGAAUCUAG